AUGUUGCUGAAGGUGAAACACCAGAGUACCAGAAAGUAUGUCAGAUUACAGUCAGGUUUCACCUUUUUGGAUUUCAUCAAUGAAGUCAAAAACAAGUUUGGGCUUCCUGAUGCCGCUGAACUUGACGUUUUUGAUGACACCGACACGGCAGUGGAGGAAGACAUCUUUCUUGAACUGAUAGAGGCCAAUCCGGACUUAUGCCUGACAGUACGUGACAGCAUUUCAGAUGAAGUGGUGGAAGACGUCAUUCUUGAACUGGUAGAGGUCAGUCCUGACAGCAUUUCAGAACAAGAUUUUUCUCCUUCACAUCAUUCAACAUCAUCCUCCCUCACGGAUACCCUCACAUCACUUUCUUCAAGUGACAAUGACCUCUCCAGUCAAAGAGAAUGGGGGACUCCCACAGGCAGAAAUAUAUCCAGCUCUAAAGUCAUGAACAGGUCUACCACAGAGAUGGUAAAGAAUGCCUUGCUCAGGAAACCUGGAGGUGAGGAUGUCAUUGAAGAGUACAAGUCACAAAAUUCGCUGAACCACCGCACCCGGAGACAGCUUGUCAACAUAUUGGCUAGCCAUAUGACUGAGAAUCAUGGGAGGAUGCCUUCCCGUAAGCAGAAGGAGAAGUAUGCCCUGGGAAUUAUUGCACUCUUUCCUUCACUGAAUGAUCCUUUUUCUCCAAAGGGCUAUCUGAAUCAAGACUUCCUGCUGCUGUUUGGAGCUGAAACAGCCUCCAAGUUGCUUGAGAAGUGGGACACAGCAUUCAGGCCCAAGGUUAUCAAAGAGGCCAAACACCUGACUCAGUCAACUGAGCUGUGCCGACUUCUGAAAGCUGCUGAGAAACUCACAGAGAACGAUGACACCACUGGACGGAAGAGGGCCAAGAUAAGUCCCAGUGAUGCAGUAGACAAAAUGGUACACUUUCACAAGUCAUGCUGCAGCAUCGAUGAACACCUGCGAGGAAGAGAGGGUAAACAACCAUAUAUCCUUGCUGCUGGCCGAACCCAGAACAGGAUUGACACUUUCUACAUCGUCGUGGACAAACAGCUCAUCCCCUGCCAAGCUACCAGCUCGUUGGGUGCUUUUGAUGAACUAUUUAAAUCCCACUACGUUUUCAACCUGUCUUAUGAUGAGUCCCUGGUCCAGCUCUACACUUUCGUGCAGACAACAAUCUAUAACAUCGAUGUUACCACAACAGAUGAGUCUCCAAGAGAUCGUGAGUUACGUGCAAAACUCAUCAACUAAAACACUGAAAAAAUGAUUAAGUGUUUCAUUUGUCAAGCUGUGCAUGUUCUCUGCCAGUCCUUGAUAACUCAUCUAAGAAUUGAUCACAGUUUCUAUCCUAGCACCAGGUUUAAGUUGGUUUGUUCACAAGAUCGUUGUAGGCGUCAGUUUUCAACAUAUUCAGGUUUCAAAAAACAUCUAAUUAGUGCUCAUGAGAAGGAUUCUUGUCAAAGUGGUGAUGCAGCAAACUCAGAGUCAUCUCAAGCUAAUUCUCACAGUCUCCAAGUUGUUGAAACAAGUGUCAUGCAGAGCCCAGAGGCUGGGUGUUUUGAGGACAAUGGAUUAGGUCAAAGAAGCAAAAUAAAUACAAAAAAUAUUUGCACUUCAAUUAUUGCUAAACUCCAAGGAAGUGGUAUGGCAAAUAGUGCUGUUUCAGCAAUUGUUAGUGAUUUAGAAGAACUUGCUACUGGACUGCACUCCCAAGUUAAACAUGAAAUACUGUCUGCUGUACCUAAAAAUGAUCCUGUAAGAGCUAGAUUGGAAGAAGGUCUUGAGAAUUUUGAGAACCCAUUUGUUAGCUUUAAUACUGAAACUAAAAGAAUGAAAUAUUUCAGCCAGAAAUGGGGGGUUGUGGAGCCAGUAGAAAAAGUGU